GCUCACCAGCCCACAUCCGCUCGCCAGACGUCCCUUCAUCAACCAUUCUCUGUCCAUACAAUCCCUCCCUUUGCGCAUGGAUCGCCUGGUUUCGCCUUUUCGUCGAUCCCUUCCCCAGAUUCACCCUUUCCUUCCGCGGUAACACGUAUUCUUCCUCUUAGUCCGAUUAGUUGCCUCAGGAUCGACAAAUCUCCACCGUCCAAUCUCCGCCGCAUAUACCCGUCCGCCGUCCAAUCUCCGCCGCAUUCCGUCCCCUCGGUGCCUCGCAUUUGCGAACGGCUUUACUUCACACUCCCCUCGAUUCACGUCGCACCUCCUCCCCAUACGGCCGACAAUCGAGGGGCCGACAGGCGGUAGUAACAGCCGAGGCUCAUUGGCCAAUACCUGGUCUUUACUUUCGAGGCGCCUUAGCAACAGCUAGUAGCAGUGGGGCUUGUUGUUCCAUACCAAUCCUUCACCUCGUAAGCUCCCGUGUCGGCGCCGCGCCUGCUCCGGCUCUAACUAAGGAUCCGCGCUUGCAAAUCUCGUGCUGUCGAGCUAUUUGAGCUGAACCUCACCUUACCUUACUCUCCGUUCCUGAUUCUGCAGGGUGUUUUUGAGAAUUCUCAAAAAUACUCUCCGUUCCCUUCGUUUCCCGGAACUCAAUCCGUUGCGCUGAUCAGCGCCUGCUUCACGCCCAGGCCGCCAUAGCUCGUGGUUCGUCUGUUGCUUUCGAGGCGGGUGGAUAGUAGCAGUCGCGUCUGAGAAUCUCGCUUAAACCUUCGCUCGCUUCCCGCAGUUCGCUCGCUUCCCGCAGUUCGCUCGCUUCCCGCAGUUCGCUCGCUUCCCGCAGUUCGCUCGCAACGGAUUUCGAGUGAGGGGGAUUUUCCUUUCAUCUUUCUGCCGCCGCAGCCUAAGCGGGUCGCUCGCCCGCCCGUUUGUUCGCAUAGCCAGAAACCAGCGGGUUACCUCUUCGCUUGCUUCGCGAAGGACAGUUAGCGAUAGGCUAUACGAGCAAGCCCCGCGUACGAACUUCAUCUGGAUCAACGACGCGUUGAAACCGUCUCACGUGCGACGAGUGCUCGGCCGCUCGGCCGUCGCACGCUUCCCUCGUGUUGUCACCAGCGCUACUGGAUCCGCUCAUGGCGACAGCGUCCGAAACUGGUGACGGUGUGCGACUCUCGCCAACCGGCGAAAAGCUGAUUCCGGUUACCACUCGUGCGGCAACCCCCCGCUCCGCGUUCGCGGACCCAUGGGGGCUGCUGCGGUGGGGGAAGUACUGCGGAAAUGGCGGCGGGGAAUUGACGCGGGUCGCGCUUCAUACGCUGCCGUUCGUCUUACUCUUGGCUUUAAUCGCCGUCGCGUCGACUUUCGUUCUAGGCGGGUUUUCGCAACAGCCGUUUCGCCAGAGCCUCAUAGUGCCUCUGUCUGUUUCUAAAAUGUCGUCCCCCACCCCCACCGCCGCAACCCUCGCCGCGUCCUCCGCCGGGGAUCCCGCCGCGUUUGACGGAGAAUCCAGCAGGCUUGCAGUCGACGGAGGGUCCGUUUUCGGUGAAUUCGCGGAUCCUGGGGCUUCCGCGGAGUCCGCCCAGCGAGCGGAAGUGGCGGAAGCGGAGUCCGCGGAAACGGGGGUGGCGGAAGUUUCCGCGCGAGAAGCGGCGGAGGGUUCCCCGGAGGAUGAACGAGUAGGGAGUGCAGCGGAUGUGACAGUAAGGAAAGAGAAGGAGAAAGGCACGGGCAGACCAGGAAAGGGGAACCGGGGGAGAGGAAAGGAGAAGGCCACUAAACGCCCGAGUGAUAAUAACGAAGGGGGGAUUCGGGAGUCCGCCGAAGUUAGAGCGGCCCCGAUAAUGGAACCGUCAAUUGAGUUACCAUCUGAUUCGUUUGAGUCACAUUCGGAAGAUUCACCGGAGCAGGAGAAACAGGGAGCAGAGGGCAAGAGACCCGCCAAGCCUGCAGCUGAAGGGUUUGGUUCUAGUAACGAGGGAUUGAAGGGAGUGGACGCAGACGAAAGUGAUUCUAGCGAAGCUUCUUCAAGUGAGAGUGUUUCUGUGGACGGAUCGACCAAUGGGAGCUUGGUGGCGACUGAAGCGAAUCAGAAUGUGGCACGCGAAGGUCCAACCAGUCAGGAGGAGACUCAGGAGUCGAGUAGCGAUGACGUGGCGGCUGCAUCGACGGUGGAGAAGGCACCAAACGAGACGGCAUCAACGGCGGGGGUGGCAUCCACGGGGGAAUCAACAGGGGACGCGUCGACGGUGGAGAUCACGCCAGUGCAGAAAUCAACGGUGGGGGAGGCGCGGACGGGGGCGGCGGGAGAAGAACAGGCGGAGGAAGCGGAGGAGGCGGAGCGGGGAGAGGGUACCCUCUCCGUCACCGGUGCCCGCAAGGCUGCUCUUGCGGCGAGCGCGUUCGUCGCUGUGACGGACGGCGACCUCCCGUCGCGCCUCGGCACCCUCUGCGCCGCGCCGUCAGUUGCGGCGGUCCUCGCGGCGAGAAACGCGGCGCAGCAGGGGCAGAAGGGGCAGGCGGAGCAGGCGGGGCGGGAGGCGAGGCAAGGAAUGGCGGUUCUGUGGAAAGGCGGGGACGAACUCUUUGGGAGGCUGCCCGGGAAAGACGAGAUCUGGAAGGCGGCGGCAGGGGGGCCGGCGAAGCGAAGGGGGAAGGAGCAGCUGCUGCUUCUCCAGGCGGCGGUGGGCGCAUGGCCGGAGCUGCGGCUGGGAAACGAGGCGAACGAGAGGAGUGAAAUCGACAUGGGCGGCAUGGUGGACGUCGAGGUAGCAGUGCAGCCAUGCGCCAGCAGCAGCAGCAGCAGCAGCAGCAAGCAGGGGCCUUCAUCUCUCAAGCUGUGGGCGCGCGAAGAGUUGAGGUUAGGGGCGGACGACGGAAGUGGGAAGGUUGAACUGUCCCCCCAAGAGUCCUGCCUCGUGGCAUCGUUGGAAGCAGCCUGUCUGGGCGGCCUGCAGCCCUCCCCAGCCGUUGCUGCCAUCAUGCGCGCCCACCCUGCCUCCGCCCUCUCCGCCCUCCCCCACUCCACCGCCGUCUACCUAGAAGCCGACGCAGCCAGAGCAGGAGCCCACCCCGGGGGGGGCUGCCAGGGGGAUUCCCCCAGGAAUUACACACUGAGGACUCUUGCCUGGAGGUACCUGCAUGCUGGCUCCCCUUCCGCUGCUUCCCAUCCUUCCUCCUCUUCCUCCUCCUCCACUCCCUCCUCUUCUUCCUCCGCUCCCGCAGAUUCCUCCCCACUGCCCGAUUUCACGAUCGCGGCGUACGAGCCGUCGGAUGCAGACUUUGUGGCAGCCACGUUCCACCCCCUCCGCGCCCCUCGCAUCCUCCCUGUCACUGCCCUCCGCCUCGCCUUCUGCCCCAACCCUGAGUCUGCCGCUUUUGAUCCUGCCGCUUCCCCUUCCCCUGCUCCUGCACCUGCGCUUCUCUCUGCCUCUGCCCCUGCUGCUGUUGCUGGAGAGGCCAAGGCUGCUGAUGAAGCAGUGCCACGCGAAGCAGCAGCACCUGAGACUUCCACCUCCUCUGAAUCUUCAGCCGAACCUUCAUCCGAAUCUUCACCCGAGUCGCCUGCAGCAGACUCUUCAUCUGAGUCGUCAUCCCAAUCUUCAUCGGAAUCUUCCCCCGAAUCUUCAUCUGCUGUUCCAGCUGAACCUUCACCCGAGUCCUCCUCUUCGGCUGAACCUUCACCUGCUGUGGAGGAGUCAAAAGCAGCAGAGGCAGCGGAGGCAUGGAACGGAGCCCCGGAAAUUAAAGAGGGGAGAGGGGAGGAGGGAAGGGAGGGUAGUGGGGAUGAAAGUGGUAACUCGAGCACCGUAGAGAGCCAUGCAGAGAGCAAUACGGGGCAGUCACAGUCAACCGAGUCAACUGAGUCAGCCGAGUCAGCGGAGUCAGCGCAAGAGACGCCAAGUGAAUUCGACCUGAGUGCGAUGAAGGGGCGGGUGGAGAGCGGCGAGUGGAGCUGCUUGCAGCUGCAGGUGGCGGAGGCGUGGGUGGUGUCGGCAGCAGCGGCGCUGAUCCACACACGCGCAUCUCUGGAGGCCCGCUUCAUCGCCGCUCAGGCCACCGCCGCCACCGCCAGGCGCAUGCUCGGGCUGGGGGGGGGAGAAAGGAUAAUUGGGGCAGAAGAAGGGGGCAGUGAGGGGGGAAGGGGAGCAGAAGGGGGACGCGGAGGAGCGGGAUUAGAGGGAGACGGAGGGGCGGAGGAGAGGAGUGGUUUGAGUGGGGCAGGGACCGCGAUAGGCUUGUUCAAGGUGCACCCUGCUGUCUGUGACUCGAAGCCGCCCACGCCUUUCUUCCACCGCCGCUUCCUGCAGCAAUUUCUAGUGGAUGAGAAACUCAAGACUGUGUACUGUUUCGUGCCCAAGGCGGGGUGCACGGGGUGGAAGGUGUGGUUCCGAGAGCAGCAGAACCGCCCGAACGCCACUGACGCUUGGAUAGCGCACGAUCCGCUGCACUCGGGGCUGGAGCUGCUAGGGAACAACAUGCCAGAGCGAGAGGUCAUUCGGUUCCUCACUCGGCCUGACUACUUCAAAUUUACGUUCGUGCGCAACCCCUACACCCGUCUGCCCUCGGCCUAUCUCAACAAGCACGUGGGCGGUGGGCCGCCCCACGAUCGAGCCUAUUGGAACGCGCGCUUCUUCCACUCCAUAGCGCCGUACCGCCAGCUCGUGGACCGCCAGAACGGGUCGGACCUGUUUGACUUUCCGGAUUUUGUGGAGCUGACGUGGCACAUGGAGAAGAGCCGGCGGUGUAUUAUGGAUCCGCAUAUUAUGCCAGAGGCUGACGUGUGCGAGCUGCACCGCAUCAAGUACGACUAUGUGGGGCGGUUUGAGAACUACGAGCAUGACGUGGCGGAGGUCAUGCGGCGGUUUGGCAAGGAUGCCAUGGAUGCCUUCAGCAUUGGCCGAGGAGUACACCCCACUGACGCCUCCGACAAAACCGUUAAGCUGUAUAAUAAGAAAGCGUUGGCUUUGGUGGCAAGCGUGUACAAAUCUGACUUGGAUAUACCAUUGAACGGAAUACAUUAUGACGUUCCUACGAACCUGAAGGCUGCAUACGUAGACUAGCAUGCCUGUUUUCCUCAACUUGCAUUUGGGGUGAUACUUAGGAUUGGGAUCGCUGUAAGCAAGGUUACAGUUGAUGCCUCCUCGAGAAGCAUAUGGGGUGAUACUUAGGAUUGGGAUCGCUGUAAGCAAGGUUACAGUUGAUGCCUCCUCGAGAAGCAUAUGGGGCCUGUUGGGCUGAGAAAAGCCCUUAGGAUCUUUUCCAGAGACUAAGUCCCAGCUGUAAAGACUUGAGACUUUGAGUAGUGCAGCGGAAGUUGAGGCAGUUGAA